GUGGCGGAGGGCGGCCGGUCCCCAGCUGGGCCUUGACUUCCGCGCCCCCGCGCCUGGCCCCCGUCACCAUGGCGGGCUUGGACUCCGGCCCGGCCAUCCCGGUGUGGCUGAACGAGGACGACCUGGGCUGCAUCAUCUGCCGCGGGCUGCUCGACUGCCCCGUUACGCUGCCCUGCGGCCACAGCUUCUGCAGCUCCUGCCUGAAGAGCCUAUGGGGCUCCUGGGCCGAGAAGCCGCGCUGGGCCUGCCCCACCUGCCGCGAGGGCGCCCCGCAGAAGCCGCCGCUGCGGAAGAACACGCUGCUGCAGGACCUGGCCGACAAGUACAGCCGGGCGGUGCGCGAGCUGGAGGAGGGCGGCCGCGGGGCUGGCCCCGAGCUCGCGCCCGGCCCGGCCCCGGCCUCCCGGCGCCGCGCUGCAGCCCUGCCGGCAGCAGCACAGAGGAGCAUCACAGAAGUUGGUCGGGAGCUGGGAGAGCUGGUGGAGCAGCUUGUAGACAUCACCAGGAGCCUUCAGAAUCAAAGAUCCCUCUCACAAUCUGAGGCAGACAAUGAACUGACCAUCUUGGGCACGGCUUUUUCUAGUGGGGUGGACCUUUCCUUGGCUUCUCCAAAGCUAGUGACUUCCAACACAUCUGAGGGAAAAAUGAGAGAUGUUCUCCAUGCCCUCGAAGAAAUCCAGGAAAAAUUACGAGAAAACUUCACGUGGAAAGAGGCUUUUGAAAAACAAACACAGGUGGAACUCCUGGAAACUCCAUCUACCUCAUCAUGCCCACUGCCAGACCAGAACCACCCUGCACCCAGGAAGGCCUCCCGGUUUGCUCAGUGGGCCAUCCAUCCAACCUUUGACCUGAGGAGCCUCUCCUGUAGCCUGGAGGUGUCCGAGGAUCUCCGGACAGUAACUGUGUCUCACUGGCCACAAUCCUAUCCCUGGAGUCGUGAGAGGUUUAAGGCCUGCCAGGUCUUAUGUUCCCAGGCCCUCUCUUCUGGGCAGCAUUACUGGGAAGUGGACACUCAGCAGUGUAGCCACUGGGCAGUUGGGGUAGCUUCCUGGGAGAUGAACCGUGACCAGAUCCUGGGACGGACCAGGGACUCCUGGUGUGUGGAGUGGAUGGGGACUAGUCAGCUCUGUGCAUGGCACAUGGCGAAAGAACUUGUCCUCAGCUCAGACAAACCUGGGGUCGUGGGCAUCUGGCUAGACCUGGAGGGGAAGAAGCUUGCCUUCUAUGCAGUGGCUAAUCAGGAGAAGCUUCUGUAUGAGUGUGAGAUCUCUGCUUCCUAUCCUCUGCACCCCGCCUUCUGGCUAUAUGGCUUACAUCCUACAAACUCGCUGAUAAUAAAGCAAGUAAAGACAUAAAGGCCCCUCCGGUGCUAAAACACAGUAGUUUCCUGGUCCGUCUCCCUGCCUUCAAGCACGGUAGCAGUCUGACUCAAGAAUCCCACUUCUGAAGUUAAGGGGCAUAUCCAAAACCAAGCCUGUUGCCGUUGAGUUGAUUCCGACUCAUAGUGACCCUAUAGGAAUAGGAUAGAGUAGAACUGCCCCAUAGGGUUUCUAAGGAAUGCCUGGUGGACUUGAAUUGCUGACCUUUUGGUUAGCAGCCAUAGCUCUUAACCACUAUGCCACCAGGGUUUCCAAGGGGUGUAUAUUAGUUAUCAAUUGUUGUGUAACAGUAUUACCACAAAUUUAUCAGUUUAAGACAACCCACAUUUAUUAUCUCACAGGGAUUAAAUUAGGAGUGAGGAUACAGACUAGUUGAGUUCUCUGCUUCAGAGUUUCACAAGCCACAGUCAAGGUGUCACCUGGGGCUGCGGUCUCAUCUGAGGCUUGACUGAGGAGGGAUCUGCUUCCAAGCUCACAUGGUUGUUGUUGGCAUUCAGUGCCUGUGGGUUGUGGGACCAAGGGGCUCAGUUUCUUGUUGGCUGAGGGCUGCCUUCAGUUUAAUACUACAUUUUGUAACAUGACUGCCCUGCUCUCUGAGAGCCAGCAAGGGAGAGGUAAUCUCUUAGCAAGGUGGACGGUACAAUCUUAUAUAACAUGAUCAUGUACAAGCCUUUACCAUAUUCUGUUAAUUAAAAGCAAGUCACAGGCCCUGCCCAUACUCAAGAGAGAGAUAUUACACAAGGGCGUGAAUACCAAGAGGUGUACUCAGGGGGCCGCAUUAGACUCUGUCUGCCUCAGGGCAUCAUUUCCCUCUUGAUUCUCCCUGUUUUUAAAAAUCGUCUUAUUGUAUAAUAAAACGGAUAAAGGAAACUACACAUGUCCAGCUUAAUGAAUUAUUAUAAGAUGAACAGUUUUGUCCCUACCGCUUAGGUCGUGAAAUAAAAUAUUGCUACUAACUCAAGAAGCCCUUUCACGUGCCUUGUCGCAAUUACAAAACCUUCUCUCCAACCAGAAGGAACCACCACCAUCCUGACUUUUACAGAAAUCGCUUCCUCAUGUUUCUAGUUUUAUCACCCAAAUAUGCAUUCCUGGCCAAAGUAGUUUACAACCCAAACAAAUUAUUGAGUCAGUUCCAACUCGUGGCAACCCUAUAUGCGUCACAGUAGAACUGUGCUGCGUUGGAUUUUCAGCGACUGAUUUUUUGGGAGUACAUCACCCGGUCUUUGUUCCAAAGUAACUCUGGGUAGACUUGAGCCUCAAAUCUUUUGGUCAGUAGCCAAGCAAGUUAACCAUUUGCCUUAGUUAUGCUCAUUAAAAAAAAAAAAUUGAUAAGGCUUUUUUUUUUUUUUAAGUAGCUUUGUUGAGAUAUAAUUUACAUACCAUAAAAUUCACCCAUUUAAAAUGUACAAUUCAGUGUUUUUUAGUAUAUUUACAGAGUGGUGCAAUAAUCGCUAUAAUCUAAUUUUAGAACAUUUUUAUCACUCCAAAAAUAAACCCUACGCCCAUUAACAGUUGAUAUGUCUUUGAAGUCUUUUCAUCUACAGGCCCCUCCAUCCCCUUUUUCUUAGUUUAUCUAUAGAAAAACCCCAGGCUGGAUUAGCACCUGUUUUUUAUUUUUUGAUUAAAAUUAUGUUUUGCUGUGUUUUCAGUGAAAGUUUACACAGCAGAUUAGGUUCCCGUUUAACAAUUACCCCACAGAUGGCUCAGUUGAUUGGUUACAUUUUUCACAAUGUGUCAACAUUCUCAGUUCCAUUCUGAAUGUUCUGUUUCCGAUAACCUAGUUUCCCUGUCCACUUACACUUCCAUCUUUGCUUUAGAGUAAUUAUUGAUCCUUUGCUUUCAUGUAGAUGACUUUUUAAAGGUGUGCAGCACUCACAGGUGAUAUUCUUUAUUU